UUGUCGUCGUCGUCAGUUGCAAAUAGAGUUUUCUAGAAUUCUGCUCCGGCACCUCAUUUUAGCAGGAUUUCUGCAACCUUACAACAUAUAUUGCGGAGACGGAAUUGCCAGAAAUUCCAGCGUAGGGACUGAUUGCUCAUCGGCUUGCCGAGCAACUCCGUGUUUUACUUACUUACACUUUGGAGAGUGGCUGGCAAUUGUUGUAGAAUCGGGAGCUGGACGUUGAAAAUAUAGUUUUAGGUUUCGGUGUUUUGGGAGAGGUAGGAAUGGCGACCGCUGCCUCGUUCGCCACUGUCCGAGGACCUGCUGCUGCUGGGCGAGCUUCCUAUGAUAGGAGUUCAGCUUCACCCGUUUCAGCUUCUCCAAUUGGUAACCUCUCGCAGAAAAGAACCUCUUUCCUGCUCAGUCAGAGAACCGUGUUGAGGUCUGCCGCCUCCAUCUCAGGAAGGGCUUGCGAAUUCAACGUCUUCUUCCGACCAAAGGUGGCCACGGGUGCCGUUUCCGGUCGAACUGGCGUUAGGUGCGAUGCAACGGUUGCUGAGAAAGAAUCUCCAGUGGAGAAGUACGAAUAUCAAGCGGAGGUCAGUCGAUUGAUGGAUUUAAUUGUACACAGCCUUUACAGCCACAAGGAAGUCUUCCUUCGGGAGCUUGUUAGCAAUGCGAGUGAUGCCUUGGACAAGUUGCGGUUCCUCAGCGUGACAGAACCGACGCUUAUGGAGCCCAACCCCAAUAUGGAGAUCCGCAUCAAGGCAGACAGGGAUGCUGGAGUUAUUACUCUUAUUGAUACCGGGAUCGGCAUGACUCGUGAAGAGCUCGUGGAUAGUUUGGGUACAAUUGCUCAAAGUGGUACCGCAAAGUUUAUGAAGGCAAUGAAGGAAAACAAGGAAAACACCAAUGACAACCUGAUUGGGCAGUUUGGUGUGGGUUUCUACUCUGCAUUUUUAGUUGCUCAGAAGGUUGUUGUAUCAACCAAGAGCGUCAAGUCCGAUAAGCAGUACGUCUGGGAAGCCGAGGCUGAUAGUGGGUCGUACACUAUCCGGGAAGAGACGGAUUCUGAGAAGAUGAUCCCUCGUGGAACUGUCAUCACACUCUACCUGAAGGAAGAUGAGAAAUUCGAGUACGCAGAUCCCGUUAGAAUAGAGAAUCUUGUCAAGAACUACUCUCAGUUCAUCUCCUUCCCCAUCUACACGUGGCAGGAGAAGUCCCGCGAAGUAGAGGUCGAGGAUACGGAGAGUGAAGACUCCACGGAGGAAGACAAGUUAAAGGAGAAGAAAAUGAAGAAGAUAACCGAGAAGUACAUGGAUUGGGAGCUUGUUAAUGAAACGAAGCCUAUCUGGUUGCGGAAUUCGAAGGAGGUAUCAAAGGAGGACUACAACACCUUCUACAAGAGUACUUUUAAGGAAUUUAUUGAUCCCCAGGCCUAUAUUCACUUCAGCACUGAGGGAGAAAUUGAGUUCAAAAGCUUACUGUAUAUUCCGGGGAUGGCACCAUUCAAUUCGGAGGAUAUGGUCAGUGGAAAGACCAAAAACAUUCGAUUGUAUGUGAAGAGAGUUUUCAUCUCAGAUGAGUUCGACGGGGAGCUGUUUCCGAGAUACUUGGGUUUUGUUAAGGGUGUGGUGGAUUCCAACGACUUGCCUCUGAAUGUGUCUCGUGAAAUUCUACAAGAGAGCCGCAUCGUUCGUAUUAUGAAGAAGCGACUUGUUAGAAAGACCUUCGACAUGAUAGAGGAAAUAGCAAAUCGCGAGAAGCAAGAGGAUUAUAAGCAGUUCUGGACGAGCUUUGGAAAGAACUUGAAAUUGGGUUGUAUCGAAGACACUGCUAACCACAAGAGAUUAGGGUCAUUGCUUAGAUUCAACUCUAGUAAGAAAGAGGAGGAAAUGAUCAGUCUUGACCAAUAUGUAGAAGGCAUGAAGGAAGAUCAGAAGGCAAUUUACUACUUGGCUGCAGACUCAUUGAAGAGUGCGAAAAGUGCACCUUUCCUAGAGGAGCUUGUUAAAAGGGACAUGGAGGUUCUAUUCUUGGUGGAACCCAUCGAUGAAGUUGCUAUUACCAACUUGCAAUCAUACAAAGACAAGAAGUUUGUAGAUAUCAGCAAAGAAGACCUUGAACUUGGAGAUGUAGAUGAGGAAAAGGAAAAGGAGACUGAAAAGGAGUAUAGACUGCUGUGCGACUGGAUGAAGCAAAACUUAGGAGACAAGGUUGCCAAGGUCACUGUUUCCAAACGAAUCAGCUCCUCACCCUGUGUGCUCGUUUCCGGGAAGUUCGGAUGGUCCGCCAAUAUGGAGAGGAUUAUGAAGGCCCAAACCUUGGGUGACAAUUCACAAAUGGAGUUCAUGAGGGGACGCCGUAUCCUUGAAAUUAACCCCAACCAUCCUAUCAUUCAGGACUUAAAUGUUGCGUGCAAAGACACUCCUAACAACCCACGUGCUCAGGCGAUGGUUAACCUCCUUCAUGAGACUGCUCUGCUGUCCAGUGGUUUCACACCAGAGAACCCAGCUGAAUUUGGAGCACGUGUGUAUGAGAUGAUGGGUCUGGCUUUGAUUGGAAAGCAAGGAGGGGAAGAGAAAGCAGAAAGUGUCGAGCAGAGUACACCGUCUGAGGAAGGUGCAACAUCGGAGGUUCCUUCCGAGGUUGUCGAGGCCUCGGAAGUCAUCGCGGAGAGGGAUCCUUGGCAGUCGUAGAGAAUCAAUUUUGUAGAUUAUGUUGUGGUGAGGAGGGCUACAAGACGCAACGACAAAGAGUUCUAGUGUAGAUUAUAAUGUUCCCAAGAUAUUUUAAUUUCCCUCGUAGUUCACUCGGCGAAUGUUCUAUCCCUGGAUUAUGGGAUAAGAUCUGAGGAUAUGGUAAUUUUUCCUAUUCCAAUCAAUGCUCUGUAAUUGGUCAUAAUAAAGUAGGAAUCAGCACAAAUCUUUCAAUUUAUGCUUUAGUAAAGAGUUGUUAGUACCUCUCCACCAAAUGUUUAAGCUGCGUUUAAAACUUGGUUUAGUACCAAUAUGAAGUUUAUAGCUA